GAGCCUGUCCCCCCCGGAUCUGUCACUGGUCCUCCUCUCUUCCCCCACCGAGUUUUCUAAACGGUAUCCCCGUGCCCACUUUAUCUCCCAUCACUCUGGUCUGAGGGGUCCCAGAGAUUUUUAACUCUUCAACUGGCCUAUCAUCCCUUCGCUCCUGGACCUUCUGGAUCAUCUUACCUGGCCCCCUGUUAGAGUCACAUCACUCUGAAGGCACCUAUAUUACCCACCUGCACUUUUUGACUACUUGGAGAUUUUCUUGGGAUACGGCUCAAGAUGCCAGAGCCCACAAAGAAAGGUAGGAGCACUGAUGGUGAGGUUGGGACAGCAUUCAUCUAUAUUGUGCAUUCAUCUACUCUCGCCUUGCUGAGUGACAGAGUGGUUUCAUCACAUUAAAGUAGCCGGGGUACAUUUGUAUGCAAAAAGUUCUGUUUGCAAACACAAUCUCUCAAAUUCAUGUUGAAAAGAUUGCUGUCUUUGUUUGGAAGGAGCAAAAUUGGUUGAUAUUUGCUUCAUCACUUCAUAGCUCAUCUGCCAGCUUGUUCGUAGGAAUCCUCAAAGUGACUUUGACAGCGGUGUUGUAUUACUGAUGCAUGCAUUUCUACCAUCCCGGGGGCAGGAGAAGAUUUUAGGUUUAUGAGCACACACUAUUGUUGCCGAGGAGGGGGUGUGUGGGGGUCAUACUGGAUUGUUCCCAGCAGGAGUGAGACACUAUGAUGAAUCGUAGUGGAGGAAUGCUGAUGAGUGCCGUGUCGGACAUGAGUAAAGACCUGUGAAAGAUGAUGUGAUGUUGACAAACCGAUUGAGGGCUGGGCUGUAGAGGGAUGAAUGUCAACCUGAUUCUGGUUGUCUUUUUUAUGAUGGAUGCAAACUGAACUUAAAACAGAAACUUAAAACAGCCAAAGAGUAAGUUCUGAACUUGACAUUUUGCAGCAUCUUAGCCCACUCUCUAUCCCACCCUCUUGUUAGAUGGAUCUCUUCUCCACACCAUAGUGCCACUCAUCUGUACAGUCGUGUCCAUCAACAUUCCCUACUAAUCCGCCCUUGUCUGUCAUUACGAUAUGGUAUUACUCCCCCCUCCUCCCCAUUAGCUCAGCUCUUUAGAGGUCUGCUGUCAACCCAGACAUGACCAUGUAGAGAAACUGGAACAUUUUGUUUGGAUCUUGGAGACCUUCCUGACGAGAGCGGAUACAAGCUGUUAAGAUACUCAUUACCCUCCUGUGGGCCACUGAUCUGUCUUGGUGGUUCUUGAUGGACUGGAAAUGAUUCACCCAUGGAAACAAUUAUGUAUACAAUGUAUACAUAAGACAUCUAUUGCUUGUCUGUCUAUCAGCUGUUGCGCUCAUUGGGGCUUCUUUUCGAGCAUUUUUUAGGAUCCAGGGUUGUUUUAUAUAUGCACAGGUCUGCAAGUUCCCUGAGAUGGAAUUGGGAAUUAAGGGCUUUGUAAAUAUAUUGUAAAUAAAUAAAGAUGAUAAUUCCAAGACUUGGUGCUUGAGAGUCCCUUGACCAACUAAAGGAACCUUGAAAUGUUUUUCCAAGCUCUAAAAUCCCAUGCAUCAUAGCUCAAAUGUCAUCCCAAUCUCUUGUUGGGUCAUUUGUGGUCAAAAACUGAGAAGUCCAAGACAAUCCUAAGAUAACAGGAAGCUCAGUUUGGUCUUAAUCAUCGCCUUCCUUUGAAUAGAGUGCAUCCCAGUUGCCCCAAAAGUAUUCUUCCAUCACCAUAAACGUCCCUGAUCCCCACAGAGAUAGAGCUGAGGGGAAAUAGAGGCAGCAGAUUCCAGUCUGCCACAAACACUACCCAUAAAUAGCCCCAUAGCCCAGAGCAGCAGAUAAAUGAGAGUAGAAAAGUAUUGUUCUUAAAAUGAGUCUGAACAGCUGAGGAGAAGGAGGCCGGCACUGUUGUUUUAGACACCUAACUCACAAGCCUUUAAAAAGUCUGAACCAGAGAUGGCGGGCUGGCUGAGUUGCCCACAGAUCUCAUGGGGACUUAGAUUCUUGUCCCUGGAAUAGUUCAGAAUGAGCGCACUUUUAAUCCCCAUCCCUUGUUCCCUGCCAUGUCCCUCCACAGCCACUCAACCCCUCCUCCUCUCCUUGUGCCACACACCAAAACAGACGUCUCUCUCUGCCAGCCUCUCCUCAGGAUGGAUCAGACACCUCUCCAUUAAACCUCUGACCCUGUGCCCAGAGGCCUUUCACUGCUGUCCUUGCUGCGACUCAGUUUGGGGUUUCAAGCCCAUGUCUUCACCUGAUGAUAUUUACUGUCACUAAAGGGCAUCACUCUCACUGGGCUCUGUCCUCUGUGGCUUCAGGUUGCACAAUGCCACCUCAUAAAUUGGACCUGUGGUCAGGCACAGAGGGAAAGCCUGUCAACAGGUAAUUGGCGUCCAAGUGCAAGUGACACGAAGUGGCGCUCACCUUUCAUAAGACUCUUACAGUCUUACAGAAACUCAUGUUAAAGUCCUCGUCUGAUCAGAACAACCACAACCGAAAGGUCAGAUAAAAACAAGGAACCAAGACAACAACAUCAUUAAUGUAGACCCAUCUUUAUUAAAGCAAUAAAAGCCUGUAUUAGGAAAAUAAAACUGCUGGUAGACUGGUUCACACUGAAGACUGUAUGAGCCCCUCUGUCCACACGCCAGCAGGGGCAACAGCUGAAAAUACCUGCAGCCCUGUCAGCUGCACUGGGAGUCCUCAGAGGUAAAACAAAACCUUUCUCCAGCCUCAUUAUCUCAAUGUUGAUGAGACAGAGAUGCAGUUCUUGGCUGAAUGAUGUGACACUACAGGAUUGUGGCCCGGCGGCCAAUGGCGCAUUGUUUUGAAGUGAGGUGGGAGUGUAGCUAAAUUUGACAGGGCAUGCUAAGAGGGAAUCAUUACUAAAUGGAGGGUUAUCUGAAGGUAGGGGGCAAUGGAGGAUGAGGGGCUGUGGAAGCGGUGCCCAGUAGAUGAACAGAUGUGGAAUUAAGGUUGCAGUUUUCAUAGACUAGCUAACAAUAGCCACCAGUAAGACGCAGGCUUUUUAGAUAUUGUGAAAUUCUCAAAAAAUAAAAAAAGGACAGUAUGAUUGGAAUAAUGGAUUUAAAAGUACCAUUAGAUUGGAUCUGUCUGUGUACACUUGGGUACAUUAAGUCUAGGACCCCUGAUUUGGGUAAUGACCAUUUACUGUAGGCUAUAUUGAUAUGGACAGAACUUGUCCAUCUGCUCCCGUUGUAAGAAGUAAAGCCAGAACACUCCCUUGAAGGCUGCUGACUUGUUGUACUGGUGCAGCCAUGGCAUGAACAGAACAGAUCUGGCUUUGUCGAGCUGCAGGACUGACCCCCCUGCCAUUAACCAAAACACACAUAAAACAGCAAUGGCACCUCAAGUUUACACAGUUUAUGUCCGAAAAGAUUCUUAUGUUGGCUUGGAGCUGGAGUUUAUGGAAAUUUCAACCAGUACAUUUACAUAGAGUAAAUGUUUUUUUAAUGUGUUCCUUUCUUUGUGUUGUUGUAUUGGUUUUCUUUCCAUUCUUAUUCUCAUACACUAAAAUACCAUUGUUGAUAGUUGACUCAAAGUAGGUCAUCCAAUGACAGUCUGCUAUUAUUCAAACUUGUACAUGCAAAAUUAGGUUUUCUGAUGUACCUCAAACAAGAGAAACCGGCAAAUCUAGCUGACACUCAAUCAUUCACUGUAAACCCUGAUGUCACCCUCAGGGUGGGAAACUCAUACUUUGUCAUCAUGUUACAUUUCUCUGUUACCAGUCAUACAUUGUAUUAUCCCUAAUAAUCUGACACACUAUGGUAAUAUCAAAAUUGAUUAAACAUUUUUUAAUUUAUUGGAAGCAAUUUGUAAGCACACAAGAAACAUUUCUCAUCCUGCAGCCAGACUUCUUAUAAUGAUGAAGAUAAGUCCACUGGUGUUGUGGUUUAAGAAGUGACCCUGUAUAUUAGUGACUUUGAGUUGUAUGGUGAUCAAAUUCAUCUUAUGAGAUGAGACAGAUGGAGAGGUUUUUUACUGCAUGAAUUUGAUUGGAAAAGGGUUUUAGUAACUUGUCUUCUCAAGAAAUCUCCCCAUGUUUGGAAACUUGAAACAGAACUAUAAGACUUAAUGUUCUUAGAUUAACCGCUUGGCAUUGUCUGGACUACAGGUUUUAUUGAAGAUGUAAGACAGCUGAAGAGGCUACGCUGAAUCUAUCUUAAGUAUACCUGAAUAACAGUAGGAGAGCAAGCCAUUCUGGAUACUUCGUGACUAGUCUGAAGGUUCCCAUUAGUACUAGACAACCUCUCAUGACUUUGUGAUCCACUAACCCACUGAUGAAACAGGUUAGUUUUUCUCAAGUGGGUCAUUUAUGUAAAGUGGUGUGGGAGCUUUGAUCUGCUGAGGCUUUGCAUAAAGUCCUGUUACAGGUUUUGAAUGUCUUAUCUAGUUGUGUAUCUUUAACAAUGCCCCUUACAUUAGUUUAAGUCUAGAAAAGGCAAAGGGCAAGCAAAUGGUGUGUCAUGGGAGGCCUUCAUCAUAAUCAGUUAAGACUACAUGGUGUCUGGGAACGAGAGGCCGGUCAUCCCACACAAAGAUGACAUGGCUUAGCUGUGAAUGGAUGUCAAUGAACGAGUCAAUGUGCACAAAGAAAAAUAAAUGUUUGUAUGACUUUGAUAUGCUGAUUGCAUUAAAGACACAUGAUCACGUCAUGGUUUACAGUGAUGUGUUUUUUUUCCCCUUUUCUCCAGAUGAGACGCCAAACGGCCAACCAGAAGGUGAGUGGAAUUAGACAUCUAAUCUCUCUGUCACCUCAGAGUCUAGCAGAUUGGAGCUGCUCAAUGUAUGCAAAAGAGUAGACAUACAGUCCAAAGAAAUUUUCCUACAGGCAAAGGCAUAGAUCUUGAAACGAAACCAGAAUGAAUAGGGUUGGAAUAGACUGUACACCCCUUUGUUUGCACUAGAGUUCACAGGUUAAAGCUGAGCAUGUCUACACAUGUAACAUGACGAUUACAACUCUGAACUCAGCGUGAAUGUGCAAACACAUUUGCAUAGGAGUGUAAAUGUGGAGCCAAUAGUCAGCAGUGUGGACGUGCUGCCAUGCUCCAAAGCGAUCUGUAGGAACAACCAAGCUGUCAGCACCCCUGACAUUCCUCUAGCCAGCCAGCUGAUCCCCCUCUGUUGAUUCAGCUGACGCCCCAGCCACCCCAUGUGAGCAAGGUGCUGGCAUGCAAUUGGCUUUGUGCCGGCGCUGGGGUUUGACCUUGGAGCUGCAGCAUCUUGAGGCUCCAACACGGCAAAGGGGGUAGCUUGGUUUUUUUAAGGUCUUAGCCUAAUACAGUGGUACACUGGCUCGGGAUUUCCAGUGUCAUCUUCAUUGUUAGGCAGGUAAGUUAAAAACAGUGAUCCAUCACAAAAUUAUUUUCCUUUUUACCACAAAAUUAAACCUACGUUUGACUCAGCCAAAAUCAGUCAAAGGUAAAACAUAAGAGCUCUAGCAGACACCUUUUCACAAAUUCAGUGUUAAGCACACACUGGAAUGGAAAUCAUUUAGGCUAAUCAAUGGUAAUCAAUAUUUAGCUCUUUUGGUGGAGACUAACAGUCUCCUGUCUUUCCUUGUCAAUGAUUUAAUUAAACUCUUUUGUAAGAUAACAAACAACUGAUCGCUCGAAGAGUCAAUGUAUUAGCAAUACCCAACUAAUAUAAGGGCCACGUUAAAAUGGAAAAACUAUAUUGAAAAUGAAGUCGUAAUUUUACAAGAAAGGGGUCACAAGAGAAAAAAGUUGGAAAUUUAUGAGAAAAAAAAAUAAAUUUACAAGAAUAGGGUUUUGAAUGACUUUGAAUAUAUUUGUAAUCAUAAAAGAAUAAAGUAGAAAUUUUAUGAAGAAGUCAUAAAUACAGGCUAUGGUUAAUCUAGAUGUGAAAUAACAUAUAAGGGGAUAUCUGAAGAGCAGCCAGCUGCCUGCAAUAAAAUGUGGAGAAACAGCAGAAACCCACAGAUGACGUAUCAGACUGCCUUCCCCAGAAUGGAUUUAGGUUUUUUGCCUUCUUUUUGGAGUCCUGAUACUUAUAACAAAGAACUGAUGACCAUGUGUACUGAGUCAUCAAUGAAACAUAUACCAAGGUUUACCCCACAAGAUGAUCUAUGUUCCAAAUUUUAUUGCAGGUGACUGGCUGCUCUCUGAUCUUCCCCUUUAAAAUAACACAUAGGCUAACCAUAGAUUAAAAUUACAACUUCACAUUCACAUGUUUAGGACUUUAUUCUGAAAAACUUUAACUUUAAUCUUGUAAUAUUAUGACUUCUGUCUCUAUAUUUAUUUCUUUCCUUCCUAAAGUCCCCCCCCAAAUCCUUCUUAAAACUAGUCCUGUAUUUCCAGUAGAUUGAGACCUUGUACUACACAACCCAGUACAGCCAUUUUCAGAGCAAUCCCUGUUGUUGCCGAUGUGAGCCAAAAUGAUAAACUGUAGGUGAGAAAUGACUGAAAAACACUGACUGACGAUGCACGAUACUUCCAGUGAGUGUUGUUGUGGUGCUUCAACAGUAUAUGAAUAAAUCCUGCUUGAUAAGGCCUACACAUGUUGUGCCCACUGUAAAGACACCUCAACAGCUUGUUGGAAGUAAAAAGUACAAGGUUAGCCUUCGUACUAUUUUAACGCGAUGUGUGUUUACAGAUAUGCACUCCAACCUUACUCAUGUUUGCAUAAUUCUAAUUUUGUCGUAUUAACAGCACAUUCUAUACAUUUAUUAGCAGCCUGGUAGUCUUAAGAAGUUUGUACAUUGAAGGAUGUUUUGUUCAAUCAAACAGAUGAACUUUUGAAAAAGUAAAUGAUAUUUCUCUGAUAAAGUGAGAAUUCCCAGGGCAGUGGGUGAGUCUAUUUUAUGUAUGGUAAACAUGUUUUUGUGUUUUAUGUAUGUUGGUUUGAGUGAGAGACUGAGAGAGGCAUUGCAGAUGCUCAAGCUUUGUGCUUUUUAAAAAGCAGCUGUUCCAUCUACAACUAUAUUUGUCACAUGCUCAGAAAGUGUUGCCCCAGACACUAAUGGUGCCCUGCCUCUACCUGAGAUUUCCCUGGAGGUUUCACCACCCCCAGGUGGGUAACCCUGAUGCCCCCUUUCAACUGGACACGAAUGUUUCUUUCUUUUGCACAUCACUCUUACAUCACGUGUUCGUUUGGUGUGUGCCGACACGGUUUUCUCUUUCCUUAAUUCAUUCUGAGAGGCCUGAAACUGCACUGUCCUUGCAUAGGUAUGACCUCAGAUCACACUAUAUGUUCAUGCAAAAAAGUUGAUAAGGUUAUCUGUUAGGCAACCACCCCAUUUAUAGUGCACAUACCCACAUGCCUGUGUUGUUCAACAUGCAUUUGCCUCAGUGCCAAGUGCUAUCACUAACUUCUGCUGUGCUUGUUGUAUUUGUGUAACUGUAUGACAUAUUGAGUCAUCAUACACAAGGCUAUAGUGGGAUUAGGGAAGUUGGGUUUCACUGACUCUGUUGGCUGUAGUGAAAGGCCAUCUGUCUAAAUUUAAUGGUACAUGCAAUUAGAUCAUUUUGUUCAUACUGCAAGAGUCAGUACAUCCCUGCUUUCUUGAUCACUUGUCAGUAUAGAUAUACAAUGACUGGAUAAAGAUGUUGAAUUGGUGCUCAUGAUAAGUAACCUUUGUGAAAUCUGCAAUUACUGAUAUUUCUAAAAAAAAACAAUCUUUCAUUAUAUUCUACACCAACAUACCCAGCGCCAAAAAUGACACCUACUAGUUUGAUUAUUCCAAAAGUACCUUGGAAGAUUUGUGAAAUACCUUUUUAAUGAUUACUAAGAAAAGGGUGUUUGCACUUUACUCAUGGAGCCGAUGUUCCAGAGCCUGUAAAACAACUUACAUCCCUGAAUAUGUCAGUUCCUGUUUACCUUCUACACUCAAAUGUCACCAAUUAGCACUAGGGCUAUCCAGUCAUUGCCUAUUUAUACAUGCCAUGUUUGGGCAAGCAUUGUCCUGCAAGGCUGUCAUGCUUAGUGCUUGCUGCUCCAGCCUGGCGCUUUGUCUGCUAUACAGAGGCAGUAACAGAGGGGCAAGAGCCAGUAGAGACUGAUGGGAAGCAACCAGAUCCUGCAGAGCCUGAGCCAGUUCAGGCAGUGGUAGCUCAGGAACCCAGUCCCACUGAGGCUGCGGUGGCUCAGGAAACCAUUCCUGAAGAGGAUGUGGUGGCUCAGGAGGCCAGUCAUGCAGAGGCAGUGGUGGCUCAGGAGGACAGUCCUGUGGAGGCAGUGGUGGCUAAGGACGCCAGUCCUGCAGAGGCAGUAGUGGUUCAAGAGGCCAGUCCAGCUGAAGCUGUGGUAGUUCUGGAGCCCCCUCCUGCUGAAGCUGUGGUGGCUCAGGAGGCCAGUCCUGUAGAGGCUGUGGUGACUCAGGAGCCCACUCCUGCUGAAGCUGUGGUGGCUCAGGAAGCCAGUCCUGUGGAGGCAGUAGUGGUUCAGGAGGCCAGUCCUGUGGAGGCAGUGGUGGCUAAGGAGGCCAGUCCUGCUGAAGCUGUGGUGGCUCAGGAAACCACUCCUGCUGAAGCUGUGGCGGCUCAGGAAACCACUCCCGCUGAAGCUGUGGUGGCUCAGGAAACCACUCCUGCUGAGGCUCCAGUUGCUCAGAAGCCCACUUCGGCCAAGGCAAUGGCAGCUCAGAAGUCCACUCCUGCCAAGGCAGUGGUGGCUCAGAAGCCCACUUCUGCCAAGGCAGUGGCAGCUCAGAAGUCCACCCCUGCCAAGGCUGUGGUGGCUCAGAAGUCUACCCCUGCCAAGGCAGCAGUGGCUAAGGAGCCCAAUUCCCCUGAGGUUGUGGUGGUUCAGGAACCCAAUACUGCCCUGAAUGGCACAAUCCAACUGAAGCCAGCCGAGGUUGGGGUAAAAGAGCAAGCAGAGUCCAGUAACACUACUGAAAAGGGAGAGGGCCUUUGCUCUCCCCAACCUGCUGGUAAGUAUGUCUCUCAAACAUCAAUGGGUCCCAUGUCUCUCUGAAAAUGCAUGCUUACCCCUUGAGUGUGAAAAACGCCACUGAAACAAGAAUAAUCGUCUUACCAGUCAUUUCAGUUGCACAUUACAUGGCUCAGCAGCAUGGCAAAAUACUCUAUAUCCAUAUUACAUGAUCUAAAACCAAGUUUUACCCAAGGUUGAAAGCUAGCUUGAAAGUUAUCUGAGCUUCCUUGCUGAUAUCGCUCUGAACUCCACUCGCUGAUGUCAUGCAUUGAUUCUGACAUUGUUCAAAUUGCAUGCAGACCCCAAAGAAACAAUGCCCUUCUCCUGACCACCAACUUUAGGGUGUUUACAGAUGUCUGAAGCAAUAAAACUAAUACAGACUAAUGAAAAAAGACUGAUAGGUGGAAUACUCAUUAAGUCCUGAAAAGGCAAACCUAAGGUGAUGCAGUUUGAGUGCAAGGUGAGUCAUCAAACUCAGUUCUUUAUUCCACUGUCCAAACACCGAUGGGUGUAAAAGGGGAAAGAAACAAAUCAUACUACAUUAAAUAUUCAUAUAGAUAUGUCUGCAUUGUAUCAAAUAUAAAGACUGCAGCUUUGAAGGUACGCAGGAUUUCUGUGUCUUGUCUUGUGUUGGCUUGCUCAUGGGCAUCUUUUGCAAAUGUGAUGCAGCUCCUGAAAGAUUUCCGUCCUUUACACCUGUGUUUGUUUGCGCUCUGUCAGACGGGAGCUUGUGCUUUUGUUUCUGCAGCUUGAAAAGCUUGCGCUAGCGAGCACAAAGCCUUCAUGACCAUACACAUUCUUUUACCAAUCCAAUACAAAAUACCUUGGGUCUCAAAGGUUACACGUCAAGUCUUCUCUUCAGAUUUUGGUCUCAUUAUUCUAGUCUGAGAGCUGCAUGCCAUGUCCCAUCCAUUCAAGUCUUGUCUCGCAUGUGUUGGAUGGCCUUGUUGGCCUGCCAGUCUUGUGUCUUGUUGGCCUGCCAGUGGAGUUUUAUGAUAGGUGGGUCUAUCUGUCAAUGACACCUUUAUUACAGAUGAUGAUGCUGCUGCAGCCACAACCCCAUCCCCAACACCCCAACCAGGUUGGUACCCUUAACAACCCUCACUACUCCCUAAUUUCUUCAUCUUCAUUUUACUCCUCAAUAAAGGUUCAUAAGAAAUAGAAUCACUUUUUUAUUAUUUAUUUUUUAUCUUAUUCAAACUUUAGAGGAUAUGAAUAGAGAACAACAAAAUGUAAAAACUUCACAAUUUGUCAGUUCAGUUUUCAGGUUCUUUAUGUGGUUUUGAACUUUACAGGUUUUAUGUCGUGAUCUAGUUUUCUUGUACCGAAACAAAGCUGCAUCAGUUCAGAUCUACUUCACAGCUAAAACACUUUGUGUGAUAGAUAUCCUUAUGCAUGUUUUUCAUGCUUUUACCCACUUGUAGCAGACGUGUGGUUUUAUUUUGCAGAAUUCAUAAAAGUACAUCAACCUUUAUUUACUCAUCUCAAAUAAAGGUAUGGAUGUGUCAGUGUUAUUUCUUAUAUUAUGUACAAAAUUUUUACAUGGUUGUGUGUACAACACAUAUAGAUAAAAACAAAAGCACAGUGUGAAAUACUGGGUUAAAAUUUUUGUUUGUAUAUCAAAAGGGAAUGCUAAAUUUCAUUUCAUAAAUGUGUCAAUGUCCCAGAACUAUUUAAGAUUGAUGGAAAUCAGUUUUUUCUUUGGUUUAAAAGUCAGCUUUUCCCAUAGAAACUUUCAGGGCUUAAGUCAUGACUGUGUCAUGGUACGGGCUGCAGGCAAAAUGAAGCAAAACUGGAUCACCACCUAAGGGUCAUAAAUGACAUGAGGGUCUUGAAAGACAAAUAUACGGUUGGAAAGGCACUAGAGGCAAAAACAGGGGAUGAGCUAGCCUCUGUAUAGAAUAAUAACCAUGUGGUGUACUUGCUGGAUCAAAAUAACUUCAGUUUGUGAGGCUGGUUAAAUCACGAUAAUUACUAUAAACAUUUCUACAUGGUGAAGAAGAAUUUCCUUGUAAGUAUGACAGCUUACAAUGACAUCUUUGUUGGAGCUCGCUAACUUCCCCUCUGCAUUUAGUCCUUAUGCUAUAAGCAGGACUAAAUGCUGUGCCUGCUGUGUUUUUUAUCCUAAUAAAAGUUUGUGUAAGGCAUCAAAUUAGUGAAUUUAACAAAAAGGUCUUUUUUUAAUUCUUAUUCUGCUCAUAUCUGUUUUUGAUUCAAUUAUAUGUGACCGCUUUUUUACUCUAGUGGAGACCGAGCCAUCAAAGUAGAUGUUUAUCCUAAUUUCAAUGAUGAUUGUGCUUUUUUCACAGAAGAGGCCAAUACACUCAAGAAACUCUCAAUUGAGCUGCCUAGUAAGAAUUCUCUGUCAAAUCCUAUCACACCAUUUCAAAACCAAACCAGUAGACUACUCAGAUUUAUUUAAGACCGCCUGAAAGUAGGAAACAUGUUCAAACAUGUUUAUUUCUAGAUAUAUUUGUGUGGCUAGAAGUUAUCUUUUCAAUAGAGAAAAAAUAAGACGCAAAGUAUUUAUACUAAUAUAUAAUCACACACCAUGUCUUAGACCUUAAUCAGGUUACAUGAUCACGCUUUUGUUUUCUGUACGCAUAAAUUGGUAUUUAUGUGAAUACAAUUGGAAUUCUGAUCAGUCAUCUAUUAAUGAUAACACCAUAAGGGUUUAACACUUAAAAGAAAGAACAAGUGUUUCUUUAAAAUCAUUCAUUCCCAUCAGAAUUCCUUGAAACGAUGCUUGCAUAUCUGAUUUUUGCUUGUUGCUUUUACAUUCUAUGAGUGUGUGCUUGCUUCAGUGGACUUUACAGUACUAUUUUUCACAAUAUGCUGUAAAUUUCUCUCUGUCUUUGUUUAGAUGAUAGCGUCCCUUUGCCAGAAAUGGGGAGAAAAGACUCAGGUAAUAUAAUGAUAGUAAAACAAACAACUCAUGUGGAAUCUAUGUUAAUUUUCUUUUUCAGCAGUCGAGGGGGACUACAGCCUGUAUCAGAAGUAUGGUUGACCAGUUUCCUGUCAUUGCUGGUCAGAUUGAGUCUGGUAUCGAUUGUUUAGUCUUAUCCAGGUUGAUUUAAUUCCAAGACUAUGUUGUCCAACAUAAACACAUAUUUUCUGACACAUCAGAGCCUCAAUGCAUCAUCUCACUAUACCCUCAGCCAUAAUGGGGCUUUUUGACCAGCCCCGUGCAACUGCCUUGUAGCAUAAUUGUGAUAUUUCCUCAGGGCCUGCCGUUGCAAAGAAGACUGGAGCACCAGAAUUCACAAAAACCAAUCGCAAAUAAUGAAAUCUGCCUUUAUUGUGUUUCACGUUGUCUUUUUCAUGCUUUCCAUGUUGCAAAAAGCUUUUAUUCUGCUGCUGUCUGAGUGCUGGUUGCCGAAAGUAUGAAAGUGUGUCUGUCUUUAUUACUCUUUUCUGGUACAGUAAGGCUAAAUCUUUCUGAUCAAAAGUGAAAGGUGGGUGUAUGAAUACAUCAACUGUAUUGCUACUUUACUCUUGUCUAAUGGCAAUGUAGAGCACUGUGUCAUGUUUGUGUUUCUCCUAACUGACCAGUGUGGUCACUGGGAGAGGGCCAGGCCCCCGAGGACCUGGAAAAGCCUGUCGACACCCCGCCACGAUCCACCUUGCUGAUUGAGAGUCCCCAGAGCGCCUCUGUUGCAGUGGGUGAGUUACAGGUCAAGUGUGUAAAAGAGGAGUUUAAAGUACUAAAUCCUAGAUCAACAUACAUCAAUUUAGAGUUCAAUGAUUGUUUCUAGAGAGUCUAAAGUCUAAAUUCUUACUGACAGUAGCAAUUUGGGAUAAGGUUCGUCAUUUUCUGGUGAACCUAAAAAAUGCUGACUCAUCCUGCACUCACAGAGCUAGCUAGUCAACUGGAUCUGUUUGAUUAAAAGGUGGAGAUGUAACUUUUAUCGCCAAAGUGGAGGCCAAAGAUCUCCUCCGCAAACCAACUGUGAAGUGGUUCAAAGGAAAAUGGAUGGACCUGGCCAGCAAGACAGGAAAGCAUUUACAGCUAAAGGAGACCUUUGAACGCCAAACCAAGGUAAAACCUACCUGCCCUGGCCCCCCUUCCUGAACAUGAACUCACGGUUACACACUGAUAGUGGGUUUAAUUCUUACUUAUGCAUCACUUCCUGGCAGAUUCACACAUUUGAGAUGCAUAUCAUUAAAGCCAAAGAAAAUUAUGCGGGAAACUACAGAUGUGAGGUCACCUACAAGGACAAGUUUGACAGCUGUUCCUUUGACUUGGAAGUUAAAGGUUUGUUAAAUCAUCAAAGUGCAUUCACUUAAUUCUGUUUAAGCCCACCGAAUACAGACAGAGCAUUUGUGUUGUUACUGUCUUACAGAGGCCGGACAGGGUGCACAGAAUAUCGAUAUUCGAUCAGCUUUCAAAAGAAGGUAAAGAAAGGCGUGUGUGAUGCAGACAUCCUGGUCUUACAAAGGAGUCAACAGUAUUCCCUUUUUACACUUCAGCUAAAAAAAAAGUUAAAUGAUCAAUAAUACGAUCUCUGACAAAUUAUUGAUACUAAUAUAAGAUUAUGUUGAGAGAGGUAAUCUGCAAUUAGCAUUUCACCUUCAAACAAUAGUAUUAUAAGUGUGCUGAUGGUUGUGAUAAUGUCAUUCACCUUCUCUGAAAGGUAAUUACAAAUCAACCAGCUGAUUCGAUGUGUAAUCGAAGGCCAACUCUUGCCUUUUAAAUCUCCCUUCAAACAAUGUAUCCUGACAGCAAUGCAAAGCACCCUGGUUUAUCAAUGUUGCUACACAGUAAUGUCGCUCAACAUUACUACAGCAAUAUUGCCUGGGACCGCUCAGUGCUUUAUAUGAAACACCUUGUUUUAUGUUUUUAUCUGGAAAAAGACCAAAAAAUAAAGCAGGGGUUUGUAAAAGCACCAAUCAUUCGUGAGCUCGAAGCUUAUGAAUCGAUUGACUCGAGUCAUGCUUUGUGUUGCUAUGUAAGCAUUGUUUUAUAGAGUUACUGUUUUAAGUCUGAUUGACUCUCUAUUAAUCUCUCCUUGUUAACAACAGCAGUGAAGGACAAGAGGAUGCAGGAGAGCUUGACUUUAGUGGUCUCCUUAAACAUAGGUGAGAAUCACAUCCCCACCCUGAGUGGAUUUUGUCAUUUCCAGUAUUCAAAAGCCCCUUUUUUUGGAUGUGCUUCUUUUCUUACUCUUUGAAAUAUUCCAAACAUUUGAUUUGCAGGUUUCAGUAAAAAUAGCAUUCACAUUCCUACAGAUAUAUAACAUCACAACAGGGGUUUUCAAAGUCUGACACUGUGAGCGCCUCCUCAAACAAAAUUAACUGUGUAGCGUUUGUUCUGAGUUAAUUAAAAACAGAUAGUGUGGAAUAAAAAGGUAAAUAUUAAGGAAUUUUACGGUCAGUCAAUUGAUUUACAGUUGUCACCCUACAGACGCCUAUGUACCUGUCUGUAUGUAUGUAUAAACUAUAUGUAUAAGUCUGAGAUGACAGUGAAAUGUUGUUUGAGCUGUAACAUAGCUAUUCUCGUUGCAAUGCAGCUUUGGCAACAAUAGCAACAUGAGCAGAAUUCAUCACACAAAUUCUAUUGUAAAUUUAUCAAACAACUCUAGGUGCAAAGUGAUGCAAAUUUUGGUGCAGCUUUGUCAAUAAGAUUCUGGUACAAAUUUGUCAAUAAAAUGUUGCUGUAAAUUGUGGUACAAAAUUUGCCAUAUCAAUUCUUCAUGCAAAUUUUGACACAAACGUGUCAUUUAAAUUUUGGGGCAAAUUAGUCACAAAUUUUAAGUGCAAAUUUUGGUACGAAUAUUUCAUUAAUUUUUUGUCACACAUUUGUCAUACAAAUUGUAGUGCAAAUUUUUAGUUGAAAUUGGCAUGCAAUUCUUUUGCACAAAUUUGGCGCAAAUUUAGUCAAAUGUAUCAUCACCUUUGGGCACUUUAGUCAAAUCAUUUAUCGCUCUGUGCUCUUGGGCUUUCUGGGACUCUGUGCAGUUUGAAAACCUUUGUGCGUUAGCAAAUCUAUUCAGGUGUCUCCAAAAUAAACCCCAUUACACAUAUAAUAGAUUAUACAGAGCAGUGUUGUACAGUGUGACAACAAAUAGUCCUAGGCAGUGACAUUGUUCACCAGCUAAAUUACACAUUUACUGUGGACUUGUCUCUUCUCUCCCCUACAUAUUCAGAAAUCAAAGGUUAGUAGAGAAAAACCAAUAGGUUUAAAAAUGAUUAGACCUUACUGCGGGUGAGUACUGUAAUCUCGUAGAAUCCCCAGCAUGACAUGUAGCUCUAGGACUUGGACGAGCAAGAGUGUUGGCCUACUGUAGUACGGUAACACUUCAUUUGAAGGCAGCAUUCCUAACUGCUCUGUCAGCACACAUUCAUGAUGGAAAUGGACCUUGAAUCAUAAAUGGUUUGACUUUGAAUCUCCAUCAAGCUGAUGGAAAGAAGCGUCACUUUUAUGAGCAAGAGCCCAACAUUUCGUAUCAUUAAUAGUGUGUUUGGGAGCUAUAAGGGAAUGAUGCUGUAAAAUAGUGUUAUCGCUACAAUGUCAUUUUAUUUUAGCCUACAAACAUAAGGCAAAUUCAACCAUGUUUAUUUCAGCUUUCUACAUAAUUGCCUGAAAAUAAACACAUGAGAAACAAAGACAGAGAAUGGAGUAAAGUUAUACGCUAUUUACCCCCAACCUUUCUGACAUUUGGGAAAAUGUCUCUGAAUGAAAGGGCUGACUGAAUGUUCUUUAUAUGCAUUAAUGGAUACAUUCACGUCAAGAGCGAUGUGUUUCUAACAUAAAUCUCACAAACCUAACAUUUUCUGUCUAUAUUUUCACUAACUAUCAGUGUCAGAGCAUCUCUGAAGUGAUCACUCAAACCAACAACAAACAAAGGGAUGGGCCAGUUUGGGCAGGGAAUGAAAUAGACACUGAAUCAUUCAUUGUCAUUAAAAACUUUUGCAGGCUUCUCCUUAAUCCCUGCAUGCUGCAUAACAUGCAAUUACAUGAAAAAAAUGACAAGGCUAUGGUGUUUUGAUUCUUUCUUUCGCUUCAUCUUCUACCCCAAGAUCUGGUUACAAUCUCAGAAACGAAUGAACCAAUAAAAAACAAUUAUCUGUGAAUAAGCUUGACUUCCCCUUUUAAUGCAUGUAAAAACCUUAAAAAGCUCAUUUAGGGGCACUACCAUUGGGGAAACACAAUGUGGAGUUUCGAGCCAACAUUGGUAAUUAAAAAUAACUUGCUCUUGAUGUCACUAAACUUUUUGUUGAUCAGAUUGUAAAUAUGUUUAAAGAUCACCUUAUUUUGGGUAGACAUAAGUCUGCAAAGCAGCAGCAACCUGCAAUACUGCUCCAAAAUGUGCCAUUAGCGGGCUAAAUUGUUCGUGUCCUUGGUCCUAUUUCUUGGUGGGUCAACAAGUGCUUCAAUGUAGUGAUUUUAUCAUUAAUUGUUUUGAGUUGAGUUGUCUCUGCUUAACUUUCUGCAGUUCUUAAAUUAGCACUACAGCAUCCACUCUUCUAUUAGUGCAAAUGGUAUGUAAAGCUGCUGUUAUUUUAUAUUUGUUCAAGACACUUUCUUUGCGUGGAUGAUUUCUUAGGUAUCCAAAAGGAUUUGUUGUUAAAACUGGAGGACUUUUUCCUCUUUCCUGUGCACUGGCAGUUCACCUAAUGCAAGUUGCGAUUCUGUUAUCUUCUUCUAAAAUUGCAAAAACAUACACACCAGUGACAGUGACAGGUGUGCUUGUUCUUCUCUGUAUACAAUGGUAAUGGUAAAGCCUAAAGUAAAGGUCGUUACAAAUUGUAGAUCAAAAUAAUGAUCUUUUUUAUACCACUUGCGAAAAACCUGCCUUGAUUUUGAAAAUGCGAGGUCCUGAAGACGUCAGAGUACUUUUUUCUUAAUUUUGGUCAAAAACUAACCACAUAGUUUAUUGCAAUAUUGCUAAAAAUAAAUAAAUAAUAAUAAUAGAAAAUUGAAUAAAUUCUUCCUAGGCUAGCUGUCAUAAUAUCUUUUGCACUAUGCUUCUGUGUUAAACAUUUUUAAUUAAAGCUUCUGUGAGGAACUUUGAAUUACAAGUUUGGUGCCCCCUGUGGACAAAUGAAUACCUCUGAUUUUACAGAUGGAAUUUUCUAACAUGCCAUCCUUCAGUCUUUGAUUUUUUUUUUAUAAUUAUUUAUUGUGUAUAUUUGUUGAGAAAUAGAUAAAACAAAAUUUUUGUGUCUACAACUUAACUGACACCUACCCCCAUGGUAACAGUAAAUCUGAAUAUCUGUAAAGAAAUAGUCAGUGUCAUUGCUGAUAUUUUUGUUCAUGUUGUAUGUCAAAAAGAAACAUCAGUAUUUAGAUGAAUAUGUUUCAUAACAUGCCAAAAGUUCUUCACAGGAGCUUUAAAUUCUGGCAAUAAAAAAAAAUAGCAUCUGCAAAAGAUUAACCCCCUAAGCAAAUAAUAGAGCACCUUUGUGUUUGACGUUAUAGUUCUUCUACAGUUAGUUUUCUGCUCCAGAGAUGAUGGCUACGCUCAGGUAAACAGCGCAACAUGCCCAUCCCUUUGUGUAACAUGUCCUGAGGAACACUGUGCAGAGAAAUAAGACAAACAAAUCCUAAAUGUCACAAACCACAUACUGUAGAAGAUAUUUUGCAGCUUCAAUGAUAUUUUAUCCCACCAUUAGCUCAAACAGUCCCCUGUUCUUAAAGUAUAAGAGUUGUUCCUCAAGACACGUUGCAAACACCAGCCUAUGAUUCCACCAUGACAUUAUUCUCUCGUAUCUGGCGCCACUAGGGAGCCGAAACAGCAAGACGACACCCCUGAGGUCGACGUGUGGGAGAUCCUGAAGAAUGCAAGGCCAGACGAGUAUGAGAAGAUUGCCUUUAUGUAUGGCAUCACAGAUCUGAGAGGUCUGCUGAGGAGGAUGAAGAAGAUUCCGAAAGAGGAGAAGAAGAGUGAAGGUAGAUCAGUGCUGAGCAAAUGUCCAAAUGUUUGAUAUGCUCUUGAGGUAAAGUUGCACUCUAGCAAAACCGGAAUAUGUUGCCAAAAGUGGAAUUAUGGUCUCUGUCUUGAUCCUUUCUCCUCUAAGCAUUUGCCAAGAAGUUGGACCCAGCAUACCAGGUGGAUAAAGGUGGAAAGAUCCGCCUGGUGGUCGAUUUGGCCGACCCAACAGUUGAACUGAAGUGGUACAAGAACGGACAAGAAAUCAGACCCACUCCCAAGUACGUGACUGCUUUCUUUCGUCCGCCUUUUGUGUCUUCUUCCCGCCAACACAGCACAAAUGAAAAUCACUUUUAUUCUAAAAAUGCGUUUCAUUUGUGUUAUCGCCAUACUUUACCAGCUGUCUGGUGUAAUGUGCUUUCAUUUUGUUGCAAUGACAAACACAAUGGUUCACGUGUUAAACCUUAAAGUAAUGGAUCAGAAAGGACUUAGUAAGAUAAUACUGUACAGUUUGCAGUUUAUCAUCAUUUUUUUCGGUCUAGCUCAGUCUACUGUGAACCAUUGCCAGCAACCGUAUAACGUUCUCUCGACCUUAAUGUGGCUCUUAUAUGUGGUUGUCAUACUUAUUUUGCAAACAAUCUGAACUCAAAGGGAUAUAUAAAAAGCCUCAGAGCUACAUUGGGUGUAAACACGUCGUAUGAUAUUGAUCAUUGUCUUAACUUGCCAUUAACUUCCUGAUAUGUCCUCCUCCGCACAGGAAAAAGGUGGUACCUCCUUCACAGGUCUUUAACCAAGUUUGGCUUUGGAAACACACAAAUUGGUGUCUCACUGCAAAUAAAUUAUCAAUAAAGUACAUCUCAGCCUUUGAUUGUAAGACAUAAGUUUGAGAGUUUAUAUUUUAUUGCUUCUGUUGCCACAGUCAUUUGAAGUAAGUCUGAAGGGGUAGUUACUGCAGGCAUGCUUUAGUCCAUGAAGCUGUGUCAAAUGAAGUGGCUUUUUAACAAAGUAAAACACAAAAACUAAUUAAAUAUAGCAUUUCAGUGAAAAAUUCUCAAAAUUUGUGAAAUGAUUAAGUAAAAUCAGCCCUUUCUGCAGCAGUUUGAAGAUUAGCUUCUAUGUAGGCUCCUAGCUGGUUUCCCAAUCAUGAGACCAGGCCAACCAUCAUCCCCUAUACAACCUCAUUUUAUAAAAACUGAACUAUCCCUUCUUAAAUCACAAGUACUUUGUGGUCAUCAAUAUUCAUACCUAGUAUGUCGUAUCCCAUUUUCAAUUAAGACUCCUAAUAGGACAUCUAUUUUAUUGCCGAUGACCUUUUUUUGCUUUUAUUGAGGGGACAGGACUGUGGUCAGAGUACGAAGAGUGCAAAACCAGGAAAACCAGAGUAGGUGAAGGGCCACAGGUUCAAAUCAAACCCAGGUCAAACGCCUUAAGCACUGAAGCCUGUACUUAUAUGGGGCAUGUAACUCAAGCACCAGGUCAAACCAGUGUCCAAAGCCAUGCAAAGUUAAAGCCAUCUGGGAGGUUAUUGCUGUUUUCUGGUUAAAGUCUCUUGUGGCAUUUUUUGUCAAGGAUCCCUGUACCGAAGACUACACUACCAACACACCUCUCUCUCUCUGUCCCUCUCUCUGUCCCUCUCUCUUUUGACACUACUGUUAACUGCAUUUACCCCUCCUGGCAUGAUGUCUCUCUGUAUUUGUUUGUUUGUCAUAUCAUGGUGCUUCCUCCUGUCUGCCAUAAUCACUUCCUGUACACUCCCUGUGCUCCGGCCCUGUCCCGGAUCCACUGCUGACCAUUAGUCAAAGGAAGUAAGUCCUUCCAUACAAACGGUCAUGCAUUCUCCAUGUUGGGGUUUUGGUGUGUUUCUGCCCCUCACUAUAGCCUGCAUCUGAUGCAUGUUGAGUUCAUUAAGGAUACUGUAGUUCUGUAUAUCUUCAAAAGUGCUGUGAUUUUAAGUUUUUUUCCUCCAUGGAAGUGUCUUUUUUUAAUUUCUUGAUGUAAUAUCUAGUCCUAAAUGGUAUCCAAUAUAGUUGGAAUGUACUGUGGUUAGUAUUUAGUUUUUGUAAACAUUAAUGUGACUAUUGGACACUCUGUAUAGGUAUAUUUUUGAGCAUAAGGGCACACAGAGAAUCAUGGUCAUCAACAACUGCGGCAUGAACGACGACGCAGCUUACUCUGUAGCUGCAGGAGAUGAGAAAUGUACCACAGAGCUGUUUGUGAAAGGUAUCUUGAUUAGCUUUCAACCUUAAUUCAAUUUAUAAAGAGUGAUACAUGACAAAAUGUGCUGUUAAUGGUUUAUCCUUGUUCAGUAUAGUCUUCCUCUCAUAUCUUAUAGAGCUGCCAGUCAAAAUAGUAAAAGGUAUUGAACCAGUGAAGACCACAGUGAAUGAGAGGAUUGAGCUGGAGUGUGAAGUGUCUGAGGAGGGAGCUCAAGUCAAGUGGUAAGACUUUAGUUAGCAAACUAUUAGAUAUUCAUAACUCAUUUAUCACUUUAGACAUUUCGGUGGGUUUUGUCAGUUGUUGCUACUUCUUUUUUUUUAAUCAAUGACACAUUUGUAUUUCUAAUGCUUUUGUCCUUCAGGAUGAAGAACGGUGUUGAGGUUCCAACAGGAGUACGUUCCCGAUAUCGAGUUAAAAGUGAAGGAACAAAACACUUCUUGGUGAUCGAUGAUGCUUCCAGAGACGACACUGGAACGUACUCCAUCAUGGCCACUGGUGGCACAUCUGAGGCUCAUGUACAGGUCGACCGUAUGUAGCAUUUCAGCAUUUUGUUUUAGCAUUUUUGUUUAUUUACUCACUUUGCAGAUAAACACUUUUGAAUAUUUCAAUCUAAUUUUUUCUGCACCCCUCUAACUUUUCAAUUUAGUGAAACCAUUGAAAAUCUACCAGGACCUACAGGAUAUCACAGUGAAGCUGGGACAACCCCUCAAACUGCACUGUGAGAUUUAUCCAGGCAACGUCCCAGGCCGUUGGUACAGGAAUGGACAACUGAUCCAGCCCAAUGACCGUAUCAACAUCAUACACAGAAACAAGUAUGUAACGUACCCAAAGCUCUGUUCAAUGUAAAAUAAUUCCAUAUGUAUGCUGACCAGUAGGAUCUGGGUUUUUCAGGGUCCAUCGUCUUGAAAUCGAGGCCAGCUCUCUUCAUGAUGCAGGAGAUUACACUUUUGUGCCUGAAGGAUAUUCACAGAGCCUUUCUGCUAAAGUUCACAUCAUUGGUACUCAACAUAUUCUUUGUUUAACCAGAUAAUUUUAAGAUAACAUUGAUAUGAAAUAUCCUAACCUAUUUCUCAUUAAAUGAUGUGAUUGAACUUUCUGCAGAUCCACCAAGAGUGCACUUGGACAGCUUGAACUUCCCAGACAAUACAGUGACAAUAGUGGCAGGAAACAAGCUUCGCCUGGAGAUCCCCAUCAGUGGAGAGCCAGCUCCCAGGGUGGUGUGGAUGAAGGGGGAAAGGGUAAGGCUCAGUCUUGAGAUGUUUGAUAAGAUAAGGCAUCAUAGGUUGGGCUACCUCCAGACUCCUUUACCUCAUCUCAAGUACUCAGGCAAGAGUCUGCUGAUUCAAGUUAAGACUGAAAUUUUUAAAACCUGGCCAUAAAUUUUCAAUUUAACUUAUAAAAGCCUAAAUAUUUUCACAACUUGGGCACCAUAGAUUUAAUGUUCUGUUGUUUAAACUGUGCAUCUGGUGGCACUAUUUUCAGCUGUGGAUUGGUACUAAAUGCUUCUCUAUCAUGUAUUUAUAGUUGUGAGACAAAGCAAUUGGGGUUGACUACCAUGGCUUUGCUCAAAGUAAUGAAAAGAUAUGUUUCUGUGUUGUGAUAUUUGUAGGAUAUUUGAUUAUAAAACACAAAUUGGUUUCCUCCAUCAUUGUACUUUAGAUGACAAUUGGUAGGAGCAGACCUUACAUAUUAGUCUUGCAUAUUAUUUUUCCCACCCUAUUCGUCUUAGGUAAUUCUUGAGUCUGGUCAUCGCGUCCAUGCUGAAACUUAUGGCGACCAGACGAGUCUGACAAUUGACAUCACAGAGCGAGAGGACACGGGAAACUACAAGAUAGUCCUGCAGAAUGAAGCUGGUGAAGCCACAGCCAGCGUCAAAAUCAAAGUUGUUGGUAAGUAAUCACAAAACAUACCGAAUGACUAACAUGAAUAUCUGUUAAUGGAGUCUUUAACAUAGUUGUAUUGGGAUGUCUUUUAUCUACAGAUAUCCCUGAUCCUCCAGAGGCACCCUUGGUCCCAGAAGUGGGUGGAGAUUGGUGCGCAAUGACAUGGGAGCCCCCAAAAUAUGAUGGUGGUUCACCGAUAUUAGGUAAGUGCUUUUCACUUGUAACUUCAGGUUAAGUGUUUGCCUUAGAGUGAAAUAAUAAAAUUCUAAAUGUCCUCCAAAGGCUAUUUCAUUGAGAGGAAGAAGAAACAAAGCUCCAGAUGGAUGAGACUGAACUUUGACCUGAUUAAAGAGACAACAUUCGAGCCCAAGAAGAUGAUUGAAGGUGUUCCUUAUGAGGUGCGGAUCUUUGCAGUCAAUGCCAUUGGUGUCUCCAAGCCCAGUGAACCAUCCAAAGCCUUUACUCCUCUGGGUGAGUAGCUCAGAAAUCUCCAUGAUCACUGACCAGUACCCUGUAGGAAGGUGCUACACAAGGCAGCAGUUUGUCUACUAGAUGUCUCGUAACAGUGGAGGAAAUUUCAAAGAGUCAGUGCGUGUGUGAUCUGCACUUGAUAACCCGUCGACACAGCUGUUCCUCCCUAGACCCCACCAUCCCAAGCAUUCUGACUGUGACCUCCAAUAGACACGCAGGAGCUUUGGAAGAUAUUAAAUAUGUCUUUAUAAUGGCUGCCAAAUCAUCUGGGGAUUAGAGGUUUAGGAGAUCAGGUCUGUCAGAGGGUUCAAUAGGAGUUAGAUAUGAUUCAGAAUACAAGAAUAGAAGGCAAGAGCGGGGGUUAAUGAGAUCUGAAAUGGAGAUUGAUAGCAUACCAGCAAGAGAAUGAGGCGCCUCCCUCCUCCGUCCCUGACUUGCCAAAAUGGAUGUUUUCCAAUCUGGUUCAUACCCAUUGUUGGAUAAUGAUUGAGGAAUGGCUAUGAGCCUUCUAAUCUCUAAAACCUUUACCUUCACUUAGCCGUGACCAGUGAACCCACCAUGCUUGUUGUUGACGAUGUCACCGACACCACUGUGACCGUGAAGUGGCGUCCUCCAGAAACCAUUGGAGCUGCCGGUCUGGAUGGAUACUUAGUGGAGUACUGCAUAGAGGGAGGUGAGGCAACUUCCAUCAAACCAAUGGGCCCUGUUUAAACAAUGAGUGAUGAAGGGAAUUAGGGUGCGUCUGACCAAUGUUUGGGCCUACCCCCACUUACCAUAUAGGGAUGUGUUAUAAAUCUGCAUCUCAAAACAGAAGUGCUGCAAUCAUCAUCCAAGUCUCACAAAUAAACCAAUCAGAAUAUGACAUAAAAUGACACAGAGAGUGUGAUCAUAAUGGGCAGAGAUUAACAAAAAAAACCAAAUUUUCUGGUUGGAUGUUUUUUUUUUUUUUUUAAUAGCACUGGCAGUCAUCAUUUUAUGCUCUGUAACUACUUAUAUUACUUGAGAUACAGUAUGUUUAAAAUGUUUUUUAAUUUUCUGCAGUGCAUAAAUCAUCCUAUCAGCUAGCUUUUGUGAAGCUGAUGGAAAGCCUGUGCGUUUCAGUAAUUUUUUUUAAUCAUUAGCAUAUCAAGCAUAAAUGUAGUGAAGUACAAUACUUCACAUUUUUGCAAUUCUUACGCUGAAGCAGAAGUAGAGAUUUUAAAAACUACUGUGAAAAAUACAUACAAGAAAGCUACUCAAAACAAAAUACAAUGAUGACUGUUUCUUUCCUGCCAGGUGAUGAUUGGAUAGUAUCCAACAAGGAGCUGACAGAGAAGACCAGGUACACCAUCACCGGGCUGACUCCAGGAUCUAAAAUCUUAGUUCGUGUUAGAGCCAUCAAUGCUGCUGGACCUAGCGCUCCACGGUCCCUUCAGCACGCCAUCUUGGUCAAGGAAGUUGUUGGUGAGCUUUGAAAACUGCUGCCAUAAUGCUUUUUCUGCAGUUGCCUUAUCUCAUCACAGAUACAAGCAUAAACAGUGUUUUUGGCUAACCAGGGAUCUAGUAUCAUUUCUCAUUCACUAAUUUUGUUCAUCUUCACUCCAGAACCACCCAAAAUCCGAGUCCCCAGACACUUGAAGCAGACAUACACUCGAAGAGUUGGUGAAGCAGUCAACCUUGUAGUGCCAUUCAUGGUAAGCAAUGUCUGAAUUUGUUCAUAAUCCUCCACACUUUUAAGCAGAACAACAGACUGUGUGAUGUCUACAGGGCAAACCAAGGCCGAAGGUCACCUGGCUGAAGGAGGGCAAGCCCAUCGAACAGUCGCACGUUAGUAUCCGCAACACAGACUGUGACAGCAUCAUCUUCAUUCGUAAAGCAGAACGCAGCCACUCUGGAAAGUAUGAGAUGACUGUGCAGGUUGAAAACCAUGUGGACACAGCCAUUAUUGACAUACAGAUUGUAGGUGAGUAAAUGGAGUGUGUUUUUUAAGUAAUGGAUAAUAAAGAGGAGUUGCAGUUUGGUGGAUUUGUUUAUCAGGCUUGGAUGGUUAUCAAAGCUGAUAUUUGGAGUUUGUAAUAUUCCAACUUCUGAAUUUUGACCCAAGAUUUUUUACUUUUAGUUUGUCUUUUCUUGUGUUACCAAGUUUAGCCUCAUGCUUUUGUAGUUUGUAAUUGUCUAUAUUGAUUCUGUGAUUGUCAGACCUACCUGGGCCUCCUCAGUGUGUGACCAUUGAGGAUGUUUGGGGAGGUAACGUGGCUCUGGUCUGGACCCCUCCAAAGGACAGUGGCAACGCUCCAAUCACAGGCUACACCAUUCAGAAAGCAGACAAGAAGACAAUGGUAGAGGUUCAGUUUGCAGUUGGCAGUUUGUUCAGAUUGGACAUGGUCUUUGAUGACUCACUUUGAUGUGUUUUACAGGAAUGGUACACGUGCAUUGAGCACUACCACCGCACCUGCAUCACCAUCACAGAGCUGGUGGUUGGGAACGAGUACUUUUUCAGGAUCUACUCAGAGAAUAUGUGUGGCUUAAGUGAAGCUGCCACUCAAACCAAGAAGAGUGCUCUGAUCGUCAAAGAAGGUAGAACCAAUGGAUAUAUAACAUGUGAUUGGUUUGUUCUGCCUUCCUUGUAUGAAAUGAUGAGGGAAAAUGUUUCCAAAGAAUAACUUUGGAACAAAUCACAGAGUUCACAUGUUGGGAAGUCUGUUAAAUUGCUGUUUAUUUUCUCACCAUAUCUUCCACAGGUGUUAUCUGAAAGGUACUGUCAGUGAUGUUUUCCACCCUUAAGUGAGCCUGAGUUUACAGCCUCACUCUGAAAGCUAACAGGGGUCGGGCUAUGACUGACAGACCCUUGAACAGUGGUGUUGUAUACUCAGCCGAUGAUAAACCAAAUCGUAUUGUCUUUCCCUCAUCACAUAGGGACUCUCCCACAUGAUACCGCUCAUGCACAGCACCAGUAUCAUGCACAACCCCAUUCCUUUACCCUUACCCCCACAGGCUUGCAGGUGAAAACACACGACUUCAAUGACCACGACUUCAAGGAGGCGCCAAAGUUCACGCAGCCGCUGAUCAACACUUUUGCCAUCGCCGGUUACAAUACUACUCUCAAUUGUAGUGUUCGUGCCAACCCAAGGGUAGGUGGGAGGACCAGAGGUAAAAUAUAGAUUAAACAUUAUACAGUCCAGGUAAAUAUACAGUGUAUGAUGAUAAUAAUGUUGUAUUAUAAUCCUGAUUCCCUGCCUAUUUGACCAAAAAUAACAGUUUAUCAUAUAGUGUCCUGUGGGAAUGAAUGGACUAAUGGUUAUUCUUGCCUCUGUAUGCAUUUCUACAUUUAAACAAAACAUCAAAUUAUGUAUUUCAAAAUCCUCACAGUUUGAAUCACAGUAUGAUAAGUACUUUUCUAAAAAAAAGAGACAAUAAAUAACAAAAUUUGAAAGAAAUUAAAAGAUUCUGAUGUAGGAGAACAUUGGGGAUGGUUGUGGUUUUUAUAUCUCAGCAGUUACUUUGGUGAGUAAUUAUAAUUAAUGAAAACGACGGUCAAAACGGCAAACUCUUUUAUUGAUCCAAGAAACUGUUACAAAAGCAUGGACUUUAACAGUAAAGAUAAAGGGAUGUUUGUCUGCUGAAUUAAUGUUGUCAUUCUGUUGAUGCCUCUGCUGUCUGACUGCAGCCCAAAGUGAUCUGGAUGAAGAAUAAGAUCAUCAUCCUUGACGACCCACGCUACCGUAUGUUUAGCAACCAGGGAGUAUGCACUCUGGAGAUCAGGAAGCCCAGCCCCUAUGAUGGUGGCAUGUACACCUGCAAGGCCAUCAAUGACCUGGGAGAGGCUCAAGUGGACUGUAAGCUGGAGGUUAAAGGUCAGUGCAGACCAAAGGGCAAGCUCUGUGUCUGAAUCUGGUUUCCCAAAGCCCAAGUAGUUUCAUUUUAUAAUGUCCUUGGUACUACUUCUUGGUAGUGUUCCUGCUGUAUCUCCUCUGUUAAAACUGCUUCGAAAUGAGAGGAAAAGUCGACUUUGGGAAACCAACUUCACUGAGGUACUUAAGGGUUUGACUUGUGUUACAGUCUACUGAAGGGCUGACCACAUAAGCCAUGGACAUGUAAGUACAUGGGUCAGGUUACACCAGCUGUUCAUAGACUGGCUAUUUUACAAAUUUUAAAUGAGUAGGGGCUUCAGGGCUACAAGAACUUCCUGGCUAGUAGACGAUUAGAAAAUUUCCGAAGAAAAAAUCUUUGUAAUCACCUUUGAGAACAGUAAUUCGGUCAUAACUUUUUGGCUCAACAGUAGGUUAAAAUCAACUAACAAUUACCAUUAUGUAAGUUUUAAUUGCCUAAAAGCCAUUUCCCGUGCAUUGAUAAAUCAUUCGGAUUAGUUAGUUUUCUUUUGAAUGUGUAAUUUAUCUGAUUAUGCUAACCUGCCUACUGUUAUUGGACGAACAGGGCUAAUGUUUUAGUUGAUGUUAACAUAAGAUAAAAUGUAAUCUAAAAGCACAGCCUGAACAAUAGAAUUUAUUGUGUUUUAUAUUCUUUUAUAUAAGAAAACUGACUGUUAGCCUGCUAACUUUAACACAUUCAGUUGAUUAAAUAAUUAAAAUUCACCUUGCUAGUUAGCACCGGAAUUUCCAAAUUAUCACUAUUUUUUAUUGUUUUUGGCCAAAAAUGCUGGGCUCAUGUUGUGUAUCUGCUGUUCGCUUUAGUCAGUGGCUACUGCGAUAGCCUACUAUUUUAAUGCUAACCAGUUGUUAAUAAAUACAAACAAGCUUAUGAAUGGCUCAGAUGAGUUACCAGCACAAGUGUUUGGAAGUUCUCCAGCAAGUAAGACUUAGAUACCCUCAGCAAACUACACAGACUCUUUGAUCCUGUAUAUAGUUGUGAUAAUUAAAUUAUGCUCAAUUUUGACUAUUUUUUGAGGGUCUCACACCAAUACCAAUUGGGAGUCAAAGUUUAAAUUUCUGUUUGACUUGGAAAUCAGUCACUUUGGGCAGUUAUUGGCUAUAGCAAUUUUGUAACAAGUUUCUAUAUGGAAAAGUCUAUAUGGCGUAACCUGUUUCACUUUAUCAUUCAUGGGUCUCCUAUUGUGUCAUAACUUGGCUAAAUAUAUCUUUAUGAACAGCUUGUGUAAUUGACUCAUAGACACCAUUUUCAAAAUAAAUACACAGUAAUAGUGACAUUACAUUAAUCUGAUCAUUGUGUGCAGUGCACAUAAUAUCUGAUGACUAUUUUCCAUUACCACCACAUGCACAGGUCUAUCCCUCCCAUGUUCCAGCCAUCAUGUUCAUCAUCACUACACACCACCUUAGCACACAGUCUUAACACUUAGGUCUGUGGUGUUUCUGUGUUGUCUUAAACUUCUCUCCACAGAUUCCAGUGCCACUCAGUUAACUCCUCAUAUAAAAGAGAUCAGUAAUAAUUCAACUGUUUUCCCUGGUACACACAUAUAACCCCAUUUAAACAUUAUGUUAACCCCUCUUCUCUUUUUCUCCCCCAGUCCAAACUCAAGAAAUGUGAAUGUAUGUUCUCAUACAAGGUAAGCUUUCAUAUGGUUUCGGCAUAUGAAGCUUAUGUCAUUCAUUAUGCAUCUUUCAGCCAGCUUGUAACCUCGCUUUUCUUGAUAAAAAGUCUGCUUCUCUUCGUCAGACCCAGAGAUUUAAAUUUUAAAAAAAAAGAAAAAAAAAGGGAAAAAACAGGAGAAGAUCUGGCAUUAAUGAAACAAUGAAACCAGGCCCGCAUGACAGCUUCUGCACAAAUUAUUCUCAGUUCUGCUCAGCUGGCUGAAUUUAAUAACCCGGUUUUGAACGUUAUAUUUGACUGCCAUAUUUUUUUUUGGUAUGGUGUGAUUUCAAAGACUGCUCCUCAAAGUAAAGGUGAGUAAAAGGUUUGGUCAGCCUGCUAACACUUGCUGAGAAAUCCAGAGUAGCCUCUGUGGAGCCUGGGACGGAGUUUGAUGCUUGUUGAAAUGACAUUUAAAAGGCUUUUUUUUUGCUGCUAAAUGAACCAGUAUUGAAUCCAAAGUAUACUAACUCUGAAUAUGUGUCUUUUUGGGACCUGUUGAUGGGGUUUCUUUGCAUUAUAUGAGACAGACUGGCUCCUGUUGUAUGCCAUGGCCAACUUGCAGUGGAGUAUGCAAGUUUUCUUAAAUAAGAAACUUAAAAGCACGUUUACAUACGUAUGCUGUCAAAGUUUAUAGCACAUUUCCAUAAACUACUUCUUUACCUAAAACUGUUAAGAAUAUUGCAUUCACAAGGUUAUUUUUAUUCUGUGGAGCUCGAUACUCACACUCCAGUACUAGCAUACUUUGGUAGUCAUCAGGGAUUUUUUUGGAUCCACAUGGAAUUCUUUGUUUUCCAACCCUAAGAGGUGACCUCUGAAUAGCAGUGGGGCUGUGGCAGUGUACCAGUAUUGACGGUGACUGUCUUUGUUGAAAUAUUGAAUAUAGAUUUUGUGCUAUAAAUUAGAAAUAGCUGAGGUCCACGUCACAUCAUAAACCAGUGGGUAGAUGGUGAAGCAGCAACAGAUUUAACAUGUAUUUUAAAGAAAAGAUGAUUCAGCACUUUUAAGAAUUAUACCUGGUAUGUGGGCUAUGUUAUUUUAAAUAGGCUAGCAUAAGUUUUUAUGUGUUAUCCAACCAUAUAAUCAGCUUCAGGUAAACAAACUCUAAAUCUAAUAGAUAUAUUCGUUUAACUAAUGCUGGCUGUAUUCAGCUGCCACUAAUUUAAAGACAAUAGUAUAGGCUUCUUUCCUUUAGUUGCUAAGAGAGAGGUGUGACUUUCAAUUUCAGUCUGUUUUAUAAUCAGCUAAAUACUCCUCCCAUGAGCUUAGAGUUCAAACAAGCCCCAUCCUGGUUAACACUGAUUGUAGACUACAGCUUUUGUACAUUAAUCACAAAGACAUUAAACAAUAUAAAAAAAACCUGUACAUUUAAAUAUCUGGCUCUUGGUAGCAUUGAAUAGUGUUUGAAUACACUCACUGAUAAUACUGCAUAGGUAAAUUUUGAGUGACAGCCAUUGCUUCUAAUACAUUAUUUGGUUGUAGUACAAGUUAAGUAUCUAGAUAGUCAUAGUGUAGAAGACAGUGUAUGCCUUAAUUGUGUCUAAUUUGUCAAAACAUUGGCCCUGGAUUGUUGUUAGUAGAAAAAAACUUUGCUGCUGCAAGCCUGAGCAGAUGUGGAUUCACAAACUGAAUGUGCAUUAUGAGCUACUCCCUUCAACUCUCCUCUUUUCACUGACUUUCCAGUACUGUGGUCUCCCUUUCUCAUAUUCUGUUUUCCUCCUGCUCUCUAGCUUACUAUCUCUUUCCCUCUCUCCACAUCUGCUUCUCUCAACAAUAUUGUAACAGAGUUUUUUUUUCCUCUUGCCCCUCAGGAGGCUUCACCUUCUACGAACUCAUGCAACGCGGAGUGCCCCUACACCUGAUCGACAAGUACAUGAACGAGCAUAAGAUUGUCGAGCAGGAGAAGUAAAAUUGGAUUGAGUGCAAUGAGACACUUUAGCUUUGCAGACAUCCGCCCCAUAAAUUGACCCUUUUCCCUCACCUACUGAGGUUAGCAGCCUGAGGAUGGAACCGGA